AUGUGGGUCAAGGAAAGUCGAAACCCCAAAUUCGCAAAAGGCAUUUACGUCGUUGCCGAUGUUGGUUGGCGUGACCACACAGUAACGUCUGACGAGUCCCUUCUUCGACCCAUUCCAUCGUUUGGGGACCUUUCCUUGUCGUAUGCCUUAGGUGUACUCGGGAUGCCUGGAAUGACUGCCUACUUCGGACUUCUGGAGAUCUGUCAACCGAAAGAGGGAGAGGUGGUGCUGGUUAACGGCGCAGGCGGGGCAGUGGGGUCACUUGUGGGUCAGAUUGCAAAGCUCAAGGGAUGUAAGGUCAUCGCGUUCGCAGGGACAGAGGAGAAAUGCCGGUGGCUGCGUGAGGAUCUCAAGCUGGACUUCGUCUACAACUACAAAAAGGUGGCCGACCAGGAAAAGGCCAUACGCGAGGCUGCCCCAGACCGUGUUGACUGCUUUUUCGACAAUGUAGGUGGUGAAGCCUUCACUGCAGGAUUAUGUAAUAUGAAAAUCCUUGGUAGGGUGUCUUUGUGUGGCGCCAUAUCUAUUUAUAACGCUAAGGGGGAGGAAGUCAAAGGUCCGUAUCCCAACAUGUUAAUAAUCAGUCGAGAACUUAAGGUUCAAGGCUUUAUCGUGUAUGGGUGGUUGCCGAAGUGGGGAGAUGCCAUCAAGGAGAUGAUAGGGUGGAUUCAACAGUGUAAAGUGCAAACGAAAGAAACAGUGACGGAGGGAUUUGAAAACAUGAGGGCUGCUGUCUACGGCUUGUUUAGAUGA